AUGCCGAAGGAGAGAUCAGUGCCAAGCAACAGGACCAGAGUGUCACCAUACCCACUUCGCUCUACCAGGACUCAGAAAGAACCUAUCCAGGCACAAGGCCCAAGCCAAUGGGAGGACAUCCAGUGUGUGAUCUGCCUGGAAGCACCACACAAUGCCAUCCUCUUGGACACGAGUGUUCGUCACUCCAACUGUUUCAAGAAGUACCGCAAGAAAAAAACAAAUCAUUUAACCAAAGUAUUGAAUUGUCCUUACUGUAGAGGAGAGGUUUAUGAGGCGAUGAAGGUGUCGAGUACUGGACGAAGAUCUCUGAAUGCUAAACCGAGAUCUUGCGCUUUCGAGAACUGCAACUUCUCGGGGACUUACACUCACAGACUGUAG